CUUCUGAUCUGAUCAAUUACAAUGACCCUGGGAAAAGAGCACACUGCCUGCAUCUGCAAGACCAUCUACUCACAUCAACAGAUAUUACAAGAUCGGUUCAUCCGAGCAAACCCACACAGGAAGAUUGGAAUCAGGAGGAGGAAUCAUGAAAGACCAUACAGUGCUGAAAAUGAGCCAGAAGUGCCUCAGUUGCGCUGGCUUUCUGUCAAAAUCAUAGGCAUGAGAAAUCUCCGCAAAGCAGAUCUGUGGAGCCAAACUGAUUGCUAUGUCAAGCUGUGGCUGCCAACAGCUUCGUGUCGGGAAGCCCAGACAAGAACUGUACACAACUGCAGAAACCCUGUCUGGAAUGAAACUUUCCACUUCGUGCUUCAGAGUGAAGUAAAGAAUGUCCUGGAGCUGACAGUCUGUGAUGAGGAUACUUUUACACCAGAUGACCAUCUUAUGACUGUUCGCUUUGAUGUGGCUAAAAUCCAACAUGGAGAAAAAGUUCACCUGAAUUUUGAGUUGAAUCCAGACAAUCAGGAAGAAUUAGAAGUGGAAUUUCUGCUGGAAAACAUACCAGGUGUAUCUGAGAAGAUCAUUACUAAUGGCGUACUAGUGUCUCGUGAAAUUUCCUGUUUGGAAGUACAUGUGAAUGAAACAAAAAUGAAGAAUUCUUACAAAAGGAGAGAUUUCACCUUCACAAUGAAAGGAUCCUAUGAAGAAACCCAGGAUAUUUCCAUAGGUCCUCACUCCAGACCAGGAAGCAGUGAAACCACCAGGUUCCACUACAUCAAGCACAGCCAACCCAGACUGCUCAUGACUCUGCCAAAGGAGCACUUUUUCUGUUGUCCUGGCUCAGGAAGGAGGGAAAUGGAUGUAAGUAGUCCCCUGGCUGUGCCUCUCCAUUCUCUGGACUUGGAAAAGAAAGUGACAGUUAUGAGAGGGGACUCUUAUGAGGUGUCUGUGAAUGAGGAAAAUAGUUGCAAGAAUUUGGAUUUGCGGUUGGGGUUUGAUCUGUGCACAGAGGAGCAGGAUUUCAUCUGUAAAAGGAAGAAGGUGGUUGCUGCUGCUCUGAAAAAUCUUCUUCAUCUAGAUGAAGACCUGCAGGAGGAUGAGGUGCCAGUGGUGGCAGUGGUGACUGCAGCAGGGGGAGUGAGGUCCAUGACAGCAUUGUUUGGCAGUCUUCUGGCUCUCCAGCAGCUGGGGGUCUUGGACUGUGUGUCAUACAUCAGUGGUUUAUCUGCCACAACGUGGACCAUGUCAAAGUUAUAUGAAGAUGCAAAUUGGUCACAAAAAGAUCUCAGUGAGCCAAUUGAUGGUAUCAGGAAACACGUGAUCGAGAGCAAGCUGCACUGUUUCUCUUUGGAUCAUAUGAAAUACUAUGAAAAUAAGCUUUGUGAGAGAAAGCAAGAGGGGCACAAGGUGUCCUUUACAGAUUUAUGGGGACUUUUCAUUGAUUGUAUGCUACAUCAUCAGGAAAGUGCUCACAAACUCUCGGAUCAGCAGCUAGCAGUAAAUCAGGGGCAGAAUCCACUCCCCAUAUACCUGUCCCUCAAUGUCAAGGAUGACUUCAGCACUUUGGAUUUUAAAGAGUGGGUGGAGUUCACACCUUAUGAAGUGGGUCUCCUGAAGUAUGGAGCCUUUGUUCGUUCAGAGGAUUUUGGUAGCGAGUUCUUCAUGGGUCGCCGGAUGAAGAAGAUCCCAGAAUCCCACAUCUGCUUCUUGGAAGGCACAUGGAGCAAUAUAUUUUCCCAGAGUUUUAUGGAUGCUGUCUACCUCUCGGGUCAUUCAGAACACUUCUGGCACAGAUGGACUCGAGACACUGAGCAUGACAUUGAGGACCAUCCUGCUCUGCCCAAGAAGCCUCAUGAGCAGACAACCUGCUUAUCCAUUCCCAAGGGUUGCCUUUCCAAAACUCUUCGAGAAAUGAUGACUGGGCGGCCAGUGGUUUCAACUUACCAUAAUUUCCUCAAGGGCUUGCAGCUACAUAACAAAUACUUGGAGAAUGAGAGCUUUUGCAUGUGGAAAGACACAGUGCUGGAUUCUUCUCCCAACCAGCUGAAUGAAAUGAGUGACUACCUGAAGCUGAUAGAUACAGCUUUCUUCAUCAACACCAGCUGCCCACCCAUUCUGAGGCCAGAGAGAAAAGUGGAUGUCAUUCUCCAUUUAAAUUACAGUGGAGGAUCACAGACUCUGCCACUGGACCUAUUCUCAGAGUAUUGUUUGGAGCAUGGGAUCCCAUUCCCCAGCACAGAGCUGAGCCAGGAAGACAGGGAGCACCUGAAGGAGUGCUAUGUGUUUGAGGACAGCUUGGAGGCACCAAUCUUGGCCUAUUUUCCACUGGUGUGUGAUACCUUCCAAAAAUACAAGGCACCGAAUGUGGAGCGCAGUCCCGCAGAGAUGGAGCAGGGAAGAGUCAACGUGUCCAGCUGUGCUGCUCCCUAUGGCACUGGCCUGCUUACCUACACUGAGGAGAAUUUCAACAAGCUGCUUAACCUGUGCAGCUACAACAUCCUGAAUAAUAAACACUUAAUUCUCCAGGCUUUGCGAACUGCGGUGGAGCGAAAGAAGCAACUUAAAAACUCUUCAUCGCCUAAUUCAAGUAAACACACUUAAAGUGCAUUUUGAAAAAAUUCCCCACAAGGAGAUACACCAAUGUUCUAGCACUGAACUAAUAAAUAUUCACCUGCUGCAAACUCACAGAAGUUUGUGAUGGCAACAGAAUUUGUGAUACCAGCUCCUUUCACUUCUGCUACAGUGAGAUAAUCAGUGUGUAGCUACUGCUACAGUUUUAUUCCCACUGCCAUGCAAAUAACAGACUGGGCAGUGUUCAUGAGAUUCACAUAUUUAUCUUAAAAAAGUGGUUUCUUAAGAAAGUAUAUUUAACUGGUCAUUCUUAGAUCUUAUUUUCUUAUUGUAUGCAAAAAUAUACAUGCAGAGAAAUACCUACUGUUCAGAUACUAUGUAGCCAUGCAUAAUCUUAUUAAAAACAAGCAUUUUGUAGUUGAAGUCAUUGAUGUAUGGGGGUGUUAUUAAAUUCUGUGGACUCAGCUCAGCUAGUGAGUUGUUCUGGGAAAAAGUUGCUCUUGCUUUUAAUACUGAGAAAUCAAAUAUUGAGCUUUGUUAAUAAUCUUUGAGGAAAGAUGAAAGAAAAGCUGUAACUUUAACUGUGGAAGAUGAAAAAUGGAAGGAAACUCUGCUUUCAAGAGUGCAGACAACUGGAACAAUAACUCAGGAGAUAACACUGUGUUGUUACCUCUAAGACUGUCCUUUUGUGUGCAUCAGUUCAUUUAACAGGAGAUAACACCAGCAGCGUCUCUCAAGAUUUGCUGCAAUACGAACCAAACCAGUAGGUUCUCCUUCAUAAGAGAAAUCUGUUAGCAGAAACCUUUGCAUCUCCUUUACAUGGAUCUAAGGUGGUCAAGUCCAACAACUUUCCUUUUCCUCAGUUACUGAUAGAUCUUUCUGUUUCACUAGCCCUCUUAGGCAGAAAGCCAGUUUUUCACCUUCUUUCCUUGCCCUUAGUUAGGAUAAUUUGAUAUUAUGUGUCACCAGUAAGACUGCA